ACAGUGAGGGAAUCCCGUUAUUUUACAGCAUUCAAAGACUAUAAACACUCGGAGCAGGGAAGGAAGUGGCCUUUCCCUCUCUAGUAACCCACAUCUCAGCGCCGAGAACUGCCUUCACUUCAGGAACACGCUCAGCCCCGGCCGGAGCCCUCUUUGCCCCUCCAGCCCCACGCGAGGCGGCCGCAGAAGGGGCUCCCUCUCCUCCAGCCCCAGCGCCUGAAUAUGGUUUAAAGGAGAUUUUUCCUUUUUUUUUUCCUUUUUUUUUUUCCCCUUCCCCCCGGCCACCGCUUUAUUUAUUUUUUUUUAUUUUUUUUUUUUAUUUUUGUAAUUAUUUUUAAAUCCUCAUGCAGAGAGAAACUGCCUGCAGGCUGGUUCAUUACCACCACAUCAUGAGGUCUAUGGAUCCAGAAGAACCGACUCCACAUAAAACCAACAGCCCACCCACUGGAGUUUCAUACGCUUAUGAUGUCUCGGACUAUGGCCUCAAGCCAUGCCCCCUGGCUUAUCCUAAUCUUUCUGCAGAUCCCAUGGGCAGAUAUGGACAGCCAGAUAGCAUAGGGACAGCACCUACAUACCCUGCAAACACUGCAGGGGCCUCUGCUCUGAGCCCUAGGAUUGAGAUCACUCCAUCUCAUGAACUGAUUCAUGCAGGGGGUCCCUUCCGCAGCAAAGACACAGAUCUUUUGGUAGAGCAUCAGUCCAACUCAGCUACCACUAGCCCAAGGUUUACCUUGCCUGUCCCUGGCUUUGAGGGCUACAGAGAACCGCUGUGUUUGAGCCCCGCUAGUAGUGGCUCAUCUGCAAGUUUCAUUUCAGAGACAAAUUUCUCUCCUUACACAUCACCAUGUGUUUCACCAAAUAAUGGUCCUAGUGAUGACCUUUGUCCACAGUUUCAAAACAUCCAUACUCAUUAUUCUCCUAGAACCUCUCCAAUAAUGUCACCACGAACAAGCAUCACGGAGGAAACCUGCUUGGGACCACAUUCACCAUCACCCCGUCCCAACUCAAGGUCUUCGUCACCAGGUGCAAAACGGAGACACUCUUUCACUGAGCCCUACAGCACUCAGCCGCUUUCCACAUCUCCACGACAGUCAAGGACCCCCUCUCCCCAACCCUCUCCUCGCAUCACCUUGAGAGAAGACAGCUCUGCGCUCACUUACACCCAGCUGCCCAGCUCGUCGAGUCUCAUGGAUGCUAUGAACAGCCUCAGUACAGACUCUUCUUGUGGUAUUCCUACAAAAAUUUGGAAAACCAGCUCUGAUCCCUCAUCAGUGCCUUCUCACAAAAACAGCCUUCCGUGUCACAUCUUUCAGACGGUUGACUAUCCUGGGCCUUGCGAUCAGGAGGAGAGGAGAAACUCAGCACCUGAAUCCAUUUUGUUAGUACCUCCAUCCUGGCCAAAGCAACUGGUGCCUGCCAUACCCAUCUGCAGUGUACCUGUUGCAUCCCUCCCGCCUCUGGAGUGGCCGCUUUCCAGUCAGUCUGGCUCUUACGAACUGCGGAUUGAAGUUCAGCCAAAGCCCCAUCAUCGUGCACACUAUGAGACGGAGGGGAGUCGAGGAGCAGUCAAAGCACCAACAGGGGGCCAUCCCGUGGUCCAGCUUCAUGGUUACAUGGAGAACAAGCCCCUGGGUCUCCAGAUCUUCAUUGGGACAGCAGAUGAACGGAUACUUAAACCUCAUGCUUUCUAUCAAGUCCAUCGCAUUACCGGGAAAACGGUCACCACUACCAGCUAUGAGAAAAUCAUUGGCAACACCAAAGUUCUUGAGAUCCCUUUGGAGCCCAAAAACAACAUGAAAGCAACCAUUGACUGUGCGGGGAUUUUGAAGCUGAGGAACGCCGACAUCGAAUUGCGGAAGGGAGAGACGGACAUUGGCAGGAAGAACACCCGGGUGCGGCUCGUCUUCCGUGUGCACAUCCCCGAAGCCAGCGGAAGAAUUGUGUCCUUGCAAGCGGCGUCUAAUCCCAUUGAAUGCUCCCAAAGGUCUGCUCACGAACUUCCAAUGGUUGAAAGACAAGAUAUCGAUAGCUGCCUGGUUUAUGGUGGGCAGCAGAUGAUCCUGACUGGUCAGAACUUCACAACAGAGUCGAAGGUUAUAUUCACAGAGAAGACCCCAGAUGGGCAGCAGAUCUGGGAGAUGGAGGCCACCGUGGAUAAAGACAAGAGCCAGCCUAGCAUGCUUUUUGUAGAGAUACCAGAGUAUCGUAACAAGCACAUUCGUACGCCUGUGAAGGUGAAUUUCUAUGUCAUCAAUGGGAAAAGAAAAAGAAGCCAGCCACAACAUUUUACAUUUCACCCAGUGCCAUCAAUCAAAACAGAGCCCAUUGAUGACUAUGAUCCAGCCUUAAUCUGCAACACAGUACACAGUGGUCUGGGAACUGUAACACAGCCUUACUAUUCACAGCACACAAUGGUCACCGAAUCCCCUUCCUGUCUUGUGGCCACUAUGGCUUCCUGCCAGCAGUUGCGUUCAGGCCUGUCUUCUCCUGAUUCUCGAUACCACCAGCAAAACCCAGCAGCUGUAAUAUACCAAAGAAGCAAGAGCCUUAGUCCAAGCCAGUUGGGCUACCAGCAAUCCAGUUUGAUGGCCACACAGGUUUCUAUUUCAGAUGCACACAGAUCAGUGCUGGUGCAUGCUGGUUCCCCAGGCCAAACCUCGGCAGUGCUCCAUCACUCUCCAGCCAAUCAACAAUCUUCUCCUGUGAUUCACUAUUCUCCAACCAAUCAGCAGUUGAGGUGUGGAAGCCAUCAAGAGUUCCAGCAUAUCACAUGCUGUGAAAAUUUUACGUCCAACGUAGCAAGACCCAGCCAGCCUCAGGUCAGUCAAGCACAAAGGAUAAGUCCAAGUUCAUAUCCAACCGUGAUUCAGCAACAGACGGCCACAAGCCAGAGAGCAGCAAAAAAUGGACAACCAGUUAGCGAUCAGAAAGAAGUAUUACCAGCUGGAGUCACCAUUAAGCAGGAACAGAAUCUGGACCAGGCAUAUCUGGAUGAUGUUAAUGAAAUUAUCAGGAAGGAGUUUUCUGGACUCCCUGCCAGAAAUCAAACAUAGAAGAAGAAAUUUGUGAGACAACUUUUACUGAAUCCUUCCAUAACUGACCUCUUAGAUCCUUCCACCGCCCCUACAACCUCCUGCUUCCUUAACUGUUCAUCUCAAGGCACCGAUUCAAUGCAAGGAACAAUGUACUGGCAUCAAGCUGACAGCCUUGACUAAGCAACUCACCACCUCUCUCUGUAAACAUCAAAAAGGACACCCUUCCUUUAAUCCAAAGAUCAUUGUUCUCAUAUACCAAAGCAUGUGUCUAAGGAAACUCUUCGUGCCUGUUGCAGAAAAACACACACACACACACACGCACGCACGUGCUUGCGUGUGUGUGUUUCCUAGUAAUAAGGGAGUAGAAAGUUGUCACUCCAGAGCUCUGUAAAGCCAUUGGGUUUGUAUAUUUGUGCUUAUUUAGAUAAUAUGGAAAAUGGGGGAAGAGAGCUCCCAUGCAUUUUAUAUAAGAAUAACACCACUUGCCUUAAAGUAACAGUACAUUUUCUCCCAGGUCGUAAGCCCGUUAAAAAGGUGGAUUAGCCAUUCUUAAUCCAAAUUUUAUUGCUGGGGGGAAACCAAGUCAUAGGGAGGCUAAGUUACUUGCCAAAGAUUGCACAGGUCGCUGACUAACGUGAGAACAGAACCAGUUUUUUCUGACUCUGAGCCCUGUGCUCAGAACACCAAACAGUAGGUGCCCAGUGAAUCCAGGGCCUUUCAUUUUUCUCAUCCGAGCUGUUAUGCCUUUGUAGAAGAGGGAUGCUUGAAAAGAACUAACAAAGAGGUCAACUUAAUAUUUCCAAGCAACAGCCCAAGUUAAAUGAAGCCUAGAAAAUGAAGAUGCAUCUGGUAGUGUUAGAGAAAUCUAUUCUAAACAGAAUGAUGCCCAUCCCAAGAAUUUGUGGUUGGCCCAAGCGAAUGUUCAGCUAAUGCAUAUACAGCUCCUUAGAUUUUUUGAUAAUGAAAUCUGCUGUUUAUUUUAAGAUAGAGCUUACCUUCAAUUCCUAACUGUUCUCGUUUAGCAGCCAGAAUAUUUAACCACACAAGCUUCAGGGGAAAGUAGUUACAUCCAAAAGAAACCACAGUUUUUCAAAGCCAGUGGCAAUUUCUAGAGGCGUUAUUUCAUUGUCAGCUUACUAAGGUAGCUAUACAUUGCUUGUGAUGCCAACACAUAGCUUUGAAUGUGCUGUACUGAUGAAUACUUAUCACUAUAAAGAGACUAUCUAACAUCACUGACAUCAACAAUUAGUCACCUAGUAAGCUUUCUGAGUUUUAUGCUGUCAUUUUUAACACAUCAUUGCUAUGUUGGCCUGACAACAUGCAUGGCAUGCACUGAUCAUAAAUAUAUAGUGAGGGCUAAGCAUGAUAGUUAGUCCAUCAAAUAAUAAUCUUUUGUACAGAAAUCAAUAGCCUUUAGAAGCUCCU